CGUGUCCCUGUUGAGCGGCUGCACUGGAGCUUCUCUCUAGCGCUGCCAGUGGACAAUCAAACCCACACACCCACCUCUGUCUACACUCGCCUGUUCAACAUUUCUUACUUCUGCUAGAAAAAUACAUAGCUACAGCAAACCUCUGAGCUCUGAAUCGCAUCGCGGCGCAUCGUGAUACACCAGCAGCAAUAGCUCCAAAAGAAGCACAACAUGGAGUCCUCUCCAGAACCAGCGAGCGACCCGGGCAACGGCGUCUCAGAGCCGGUUACCCCGGUCAGGGAAACCCCGGUAAACCUGGAGACCCUCCGCAAAGCUGAGCACCAAGCCCCGGUGCGCCGGCAGAGCUGCUCCAGCACCAACAGAGGUAUUUCAGUAACAAAGAAGACACACACUUCUCAAAUCGAAAUAAUUCCCUGCAAGAUCUGUGGAGACAAAUCAUCCGGCAUCCAUUAUGGCGUGAUAACGUGUGAGGGCUGCAAGGGUUUCUUCAGGAGGAGUCAGCAGAGCAAUGCGGCGUACUCGUGCCCGCGUCAGAAGAACUGUCUGAUUGACCGCACCAGCCGGAACCGAUGCCAGCACUGCAGGCUGCAGAAGUGUCUGGCCGUGGGCAUGUCACGUGACGCGGUGAAGUUUGGCCGGAUGUCUAAAAAACAGCGGGACAGCCUCUAUGCUGAAGUGCAGAAACACCGGCUCCAGCAGCAACAGCGGGACCACCAGCAACAGCCAGGUGAGGCAGAACCCCUCACCCCAACCUACGGCCUCUCCACCAAUGGCCUGACCGAGCUCCAUGAUGAUCUGAGCGGCUACAUGAACGGACACACGCCCGAUGGCACCAAGCCCGACUCGGGCGUCAGCAGCUUUUACCUGGACAUCCAACCUUCUCCCGACCAGUCCGGCCUGGACAUCAACGGCAUCAAGCCAGAACCCAUCUGUGACUUCACCCCAGGCUCGGGCUUCUUCCCCUACUGUUCCUUCACAAAUGGGGAGACAUCCCCCACCGUUUCCAUGGCCGAGUUGGAACAUCUGGCCCAGAACAUUUCCAAGUCCCACAUGGAGACGUGUCAGUACCUGAGAGAAGAACUUCAGCAGAUGACCUGGCAGGCGUUCCUUCAGGAGGAGGUGGAGAGCUACCAGAGCAAGCCCAGGGAAGUCAUGUGGCAGUUGUGUGCCAUUAAAAUCACAGAGGCCAUCCAGUAUGUGGUGGAGUUUGCCAAGCGCAUCGAUGGCUUCAUGGAGCUCUGUCAGAAUGAUCAGAUAGUGCUUCUCAAAGCAGGCUCUUUGGAGGUGGUGUUCGUCAGAAUGUGCCGUGCCUUCGACCCUCAAAACAACACAGUCUAUUUUGAUGGAAAGUAUGCAGGGACUGACGUCUUUAAAUCAUUAGGUUGCGACGACUUGAUCAGCUCUGUCUUCGAGUUUGGGAAAAACUUGUGUUCUAUGCACCUCUCUGAAGACGAGAUCGCCCUGUUCUCCGCCUUCGUGUUGAUGUCUGCAGAUCGAUCCUGGCUCCAGGAGAAGGUGAAGGUGGAGAAACUCCAGCAAAAGAUCCAGCUGGCCCUCCAACAUGUUCUACAGAAGAACCACAGAGAGGACGGCAUACUGACAAAGUUGAUAUGCAAAGUCUCCACGCUGCGAGCCCUGUGCAGCCGGCAUACGGAAAAGCUAACGGCGUUCAAAGCAAUAUACCCAGACAUUGUUCGAGCUCACUUCCCCCCCUUGUACAAGGAGUUGUUUGGAUCAGACUUUGAGCAGACCAUGCCGGUUGACGGGUAGCACUUCCCCGUGCCCACCCCGCUUGGGGGAAUUUACACCGUGGGGAAUGUCAAGCAUAAAUCUGAGACACUUUAGCAGUGCCCUGCACAUACACACACCUGGACGGACGACACAAUGCACACACACACUUUUCCCCUUUUUUUCUUUGUGAUUUUUUUCUAUUUCUUUUUUCGUGGGGGAGGAGGUAGUAGACUGGGUUUGACUCCAGUGGUUUAUUUUUGGAGUUUGUUCCCUCCUUUUACUGACACAGGUGGGAUUCUGAGCCCAGGGGAGAGGAUAAGAAGAUGAAGACACUUGUUUUUCCUGAACGCUCCCUCGCUCUCUUUCUCUCUCUGGCUGAACCUGAAGAGUCCAUGCAUUCAUUUUCGAGAACGGUCCCCUGGCGAUUUGUCACAAUCAGCAUAAAUCGUUUCCAAAAUGGAAAAACGAUUCCCAGAGAGCAGUGGCCUGGAAUACAGCGUUUUCAACUUUUUACCGGGACAGCAACACAGAAGUCCUUUUCAAGCCAAGAACAUGAAAUAAAAAGUUGCGUUCAAAAAGUCGAUUAUACGAACUGUUCCAGCAGUUGUUGUAGCACCAAAAAAAGUCUACGUUGAAAAAUACGUGGUUAGCUCCUUCCUCCCUGUGCACUGUUUUUCCUUCUUUCUUUCUUUUUUUAAGAUGUCAAACCAGCACAGAAUAAAGAAGAAUACGAAUUGAGAGAGAAAGAGAGAUAUGGAGAAGGAGUGUGAUGUAGAGUCAACACAAAACAUCACCUUUCUACGAACAAUCUCGAAAAAAAAACCCCGUAGAAUUCUGGUAAUUCUAGUCGCAAUUGCUUUUAGCCAUCAGAGACUCCAUCGACCAUAGCUGCUUAGUGAUAUCGUUUAAGGCCAUCUGCUAUUAAGUCCCUCUCCGGAAUGGUGUUAACGUAAUGUAACGGUCCGGCCACCAACAUCAAUGCAAUGCAAGGGUCCAUUCCACCUGUUUUCUAACGUGUUACAGGGUAUACGGUCAUAAGUACAACUAUACAGGAAAAAAAAAUGUUUAUAGAAUCUAUUUUAAAUAACAUGUAUGAUAUUAGUAGCUAGACUAUUCUUAAUUGUGAAAAAUUGAUAAGGCACUUUUAUUUGCACCUUUCUUUAAUUUAAGACUUGUAUAUUUACCUAGUGAUGUGUUGCAUGUAUAAAUACCACGGUUAUGGAGAACGAUUGCUGGAAACCCUAACGCUGCUGAGGGAGGGUGCGUGUUUGCGUGCGUGUUUGUGUAUUUAUUUGCGCGAGGCGGAGGUUGGUGCUGGGUAAAGGCAGAUCGCGUGAUCUGGGGUGGGGGUUGGGGGUUUGUAGCAAACACUCAUUGUCCGCCACCUUUAAAUUGGAAACAUGUAGUUCUUGUUGUUUCCCUCUUGAAAAACUUUCCAUUGAGAAAGGGCUGUUGAAUGCAAUACGUCACAUGCUGUUAAAUGGUUCCACCUAGCGGUGGCGUGUCACAUGACUGCGUGAAAGAGUCAGAUCUGGUUUAAAAAUGGUUGAUCUUUCUAAAACUGGCUCUUGUUAGGGUCUUUGCCCAGCAGCAACGCUCGUCAGGAACGUAAGAGUGGAAAAAAAAGAAAUAUUCAAAGCCUUGUCUGGAUGAAAUCCUCUAUUUUUGUAACAUUAUACCGUGCUUAUGAAGCCUAUGAAAGAAAAAGGGAAAGAGCGACGGAUGAUUUAGCACUUAAUCCUGCAAUAAUUUGAAUCUGUGUUUUUAUUAUUAUUAUUAUUUUGUCUUUUUCAAAGAACAAGACAAUGGUAGUAAUAGUGCUAUUUUUUUUGAAAUACCUAACUGUUGUGUGUUGCGCGUGUUCGUACGUCUCUUGAAUGUGCCAUAAUGGUCUUUCCUGCUUUUUUGAGUCUGAAAAAAAUUUUUGUAUUGUAACAUUCCAGUAAAACUAUGUUGUGGCGUUUAGAAAAUCCCAAUAUAAUCCAGAAACUAAACCUCACCGAUCACUUCUACGACCUGCUAACUUACAUUUUGAGAAACUCUUGAGUAGAUCUUGGGAGGUUCAUGUAAUUAGUUUUCCCCAUGACACAAAGUAUUUUCCUCAGGGAAGAGUCUGUCUAACUUAAGCCGGUAGCUUAAACUCGUUAGUCAGCUCUAUGUUGCAUCUAAAGCUCAAUUAUUUGAUCUCGAUGGGAUGUUUUGAGUCCAGAUAGAAAUAAUAACAUAUUAAUAAAAUAUAUUGCAUUACUAUUGGCAAAAUAAUAGUCUGUGCAAUGCAUCCCCAAGAAGUCAUUCUUAUCAUCUAAUCUGUGAUUGACAUUCCAGGUUCAUGUUUAGUUCUUUACACAAUAAAUCAGCAGUUUGUGCACUACAAGGCACAGGGACAGUAAUAUUGAAUAAUAAUUGAUCAGGGGUAAUGAGAUAAGUUCCAAAACCUAGUGGGCUGCCUACCUAGACAGCAUUUGAGCUGAGCUUCUGGCACAAAAUGUGUCUCAAAGGGGUGGAAAGUAAAAGUACUCAAUUUUGGCCAAAUUUUAAGGCAAUCCCAGAAUGUACUGCGACAAUAUCUGAAAAAACAUUCUUUCAGCGGGGUGUAGGAGUCAUAGACAUGAAUAUAUAUCAUUCAAUAGUGAAAAGAAUAGAUAAAUAAUAGUUCAAUCUUAUUAAAAAAGGUCAUAUUUGCCCAAAUCUUAUAGGCAAAUUAUUGUGUUUUUAGCAUAGCAACAUGCUAACAUUAAACUCUAUUGGAAUCAAUUGCAAGCAGAGACAACCCAUGUGUUACACUUAAGGAGAGCUAUCUGUGUUACAUACAGAGUUGGUGUCUAUAUAUAUUUUUCCAAAUCAGUCAAUUAGAAGGUUCUAUUUUGGAGGAUGUUGCCUAUGUAGACAAGCAGACAGGAAGCAGCUCACUAGAAACAGAUCUGAACCCAAAACAACCUUAUAAUGAUGUUAGAGUACAAAUGGGAACAAACAAUCAUCUGUUACCGUUUAGUGGUCUUGUAGAUCUUUUUUUUUUUAAAUCUUAUUUUUCAUCUUUCGCAAUUUACGGCCUCAUGUCCUUCCAUGUUAUUCACUAGCAUAAUUGCUAUUAAAUUAAUAGAAGAGAGUAGUCCGCUGUCUUUAUCAAAUCACCCAGUGAGCUCCAAGAUCUAAUUCCCACAAAUCCAACAAAGCAAGAUAUCAACCUCAAGCGUGCUAUGCUAAUUUCCAGCUUUGUUUUUUUUUUCUGGAUGGGGAUUUGUUCUAAUCGUCACUCAUAAUUGUUUGAGUCUAUGUGCCAAAUACCUCUUCACGAUUUCCUCCACCUUCAGACGUACACACGCGGGCGAAUUGUCGUACGUGACAAAUACGGGUUUCUACAGGGUAACCACUGCUGUGGAGUCCCCUUGAUGAACAGGCUUUGCUGUUUCCUGUCCAAUGAUCCUUAAGUCAGUUCUAACACCAUAAAAGCUGUAGUAAAGUCGCGUUUUACCACUUUUUGCAUGUUGUAUUUUGUCAGUGUAGUUUGUAUUAGACUUUUAAAGCAAUAUGCUAUGGGAUAGAACUUUAUUUUUUCUAAUACAAGCAAAGGUACUUAAACACAUCUGGAUCUGUGUUAUCUUAGAUGUGUGUAGAGAAAAGUUCUCAGUUUCUUUUAUCGAUGGUAGAUCCAUAUGUUUUCCCUCGUAAAUUAUUUUUCAACUGUGGUUUCCCUUGUCUAUCUAUGUGAGAAGCAAUAUACGUCCGGAAGUGGAUGCAAGAGCGUGUACAAGCGGAAAUGUGUGUGUUUGUGCUAUUUGUAAUGUUUGCUUAACGACAAACCCCCAGACAAGGCUUUAAAAGAUCAGACGCAGCAGGGUGAGAUGAUGAAUUACAAGAACGUACGUUUUUUUUUUCUUUCUUUUUAUCCAGGAUGUAAUGUUUUACGUAGCACUGAGCUUAAAUCACUUGAUGAGGCUGUACAAGCAUGACACACUGCACCUCGACAUAAAUUUCGAUUAGAAUUAUACAAACACAACAAGGCCUAUGCACUCACGUUUGAACGAAAGGAACAUUUACCGAUAUUUUUUCUCAAUUCUGAUCGACGGAUUGAAUGUGUCAUGCUCGCGACAGCAUCCGAGCUGAAGGUUGAAGUGUUACCAAAAUUGACGUCAAUCAUUUUCUUUGCGUUUUCUUUCCAAAAGCACAGCUGAUGCGUUAUUAUUAGUGAACUAUGUAUAGAUAAUUGACGAAAAGAAAAGUCUUUAGCCAUAAUCAAAUGUCAAGCAAUAAUAUAUGGUAUAUUAUGAUUCAUUUUGUGCAUAGGCUUUGAACAUCUGCAUGUUAAUACAUUUUCUUAUUUAUCACGUAAAUUUUUUUUUCACUUUGGGUUUUUUCGCUCUCUGAUUGUCUUUUUUUGUUUGUUUGUUUGUUUGUUUGUUUUAUUUGUAUUUUGACUAGUUCUGUUCCCGGGUGGAGAACUACGAACGUCAAGGGCCUGUAAACUGUACAGCUACAUUAUGUUUCCCUGUCCUCCUUUCGGCUUUUAAUUCACAAUAUUUAAUGUUCUAUCGAUCACAUGUAUAAAAGUAACUUUGUAACUUCUGUCUGUAUAGGUAAGAAGAAAAUACUGCUAUUAAGACCCGCUCAGUGCAAAUAUUUAACUGUUUUAUCAGACACAUCAUGUUGUACAAUAUCUCUGUUUUGAGUAUACUUCUCUCUUUUAGACUUAGUUCGGUUAGCGGUAGGGUGUGCGGACAUUAAUUUUUGUGUUAUACUGACAUGUGGUGCUAGGUAAGUUACUUUUGUGAACAAAAAUUAUGGAUUCAUAGACUAGGCCACCCUUUUAGUCAAUUAAUUUCAAAAGAGUAUUGAUGCAUUAUUGAUAUUAGGACUUGAUAAUAAUAAUAAUAAUAAUAAUAAUAAUGAUAAUAAACGAUAACGAUAAAGAUAAUGAUAGUGGUAAAUUUACUUUCGAAUACCCAGCAAGUACCUGUAUCAGUGUGCUAGUCUUGGGGCAUGGCUCGUUUCCUUCCCACUUUUAAGAUUAUUAGCAAGUAUCAGCUAAGUAAACGUCGCAAACGUAUUAAACGUCGCAAUUUUAAAUUUUUUUCAACGAAGAUGAUUGUUCAUGCUUUAAAAAAAAAAGGAAAACAAAGCAGCAGUAUUGUGUUUCUUUUUGAUUGUUUCGAAACUCUAGCUGGAGCUUAUCUUCUGCUGGAAGGACUUUAAAAACGCUUUAAAGUACCGGAUUGUCUGCCGCUUAUUAGCUCCCUCAAUUUUUUUUGUAUUUUUUUUUCUUUAUUGCUGUUUUUUAAAAAUGCGCUUUUUUUUCUUCUUCUUCUUUCUAUCCUAAAUCCAAUCACUUACAUUUACAUACACACACAAUGGUUAAGUGUUAUAAAUUGUGGAGGACAAAGGUGGUUGUAAGAAGUUUUAUGCGAAACUUCCUGUUUUAAUCUUUGUAGCAAGGCAGAAUCUAUUUGCAAUAAUACAUAGCAAACUACACUGAGUGCCUCUCAGUGGUACAGGAUGCAGAAACUGUAUUUGUCUGUUUUGUUUUCUCGUACUCAAAUGACUGUGUUUGCACACGUAGGUGAAUUCUGUCUUGUGUUACUGACUUUUCUUUCAUCGGCCGUCUUUUUGUAUGCAAAUGAGGCAUUUCAUGUUUGUUUAUAGCCAUGCAUUUUCUUGUCUCUGUGAUGUCCUGUAUUUUCUGAGAUUCUCAGAUGCUACUUCUUCUUUUCAUCCGAACAAUUUCACGUUGGUUAUGGGACAUUGUAUCCAGUCAGUUGGAUGCUGAACACAUUUGGAUAUUAACAGAGACAAACUGGCGGACAAUAGACAAUCCACUCUGUGUUCUCCCUGUUGUUUCCUGCCAAUUAGGAUUUAAGUUGUUGAUUAUGAAACAAAAUGACUAAUGCAAUGUAUUUUAAGUGUUCAUAUGUGUAUGUAAAAUGAUGCAUACUACACUUCUAUUUCUUGUUGAGCUGAAGGGGAGGGCAUAAGGGCUGGGGCAAGACGGGUUGGAUUUUGCUUCUGCUUACCUGCAGAGGGGAAAAAGCAGAGAAUGGUUUGCGGUUGUCAAAUAUUUUUACGUCACAUGUUUGCUACUGAUCUUAAAAUGGGGGACAGUUGAUCAUGUACCUUUUUAUUCAGCUCUUUGGAACUCUCUUUAAGAGAUAGUCUCUUCUCUCAAUAGUGGUUUUGCUCCUUCUGUUUGUCUGAUUCUUAAAUAUGAAAAUAAGUAUUUUGAUUCAUUUUGUAAAUACCGCUGUAAAGAAAAAUAAGAAAUUUAAUGUUGUCUUUUAAAUACUUUUCAUUCUAAUAUGAAUGUUGUUAUAUUGUACUUAGAAACUGUACCUUUAAUAUUACCUUUAUUAAAAGUGCAUUGGACACAUCGAUUUUAGAUGUGCUUUAUGUGCUGUUAUCCAUAAUAAAAUUUACUGCUUGUAAUGGGCUUUUA